ACAAGAGAGCAAUCAUUGAUUCCGACGAGUCAACGGUAAUCAUGGGCGCCCAGGAAGAGGACACGAAAUCCAGCACUAUCGGUGGCGUGCUACCGGUAGUGGAAGUUGCGUCCCUCGUGGAAAAGGCCAAGUUCUACACGUCCCUUUGCCUGGGCAGCACAGCCAUUCUCGCCGUAUUCGCCUUCCUUUUUCUAAUCCCUUUCGUCGUCGAGCCGGCGAUCUCCACGAUUUUGGCCGAUUUCUCUCCUCACGCCGUGGCCUGCGUCGUCACCGACCACGUCUACGCCGAGGGAUUGAAGAAUUGCUCUUGGGCAAGCUGCAGAGAAGGUUGUACCAGCGCGGCGCUUCGUUGCCAUCAGAUCCGAGUGAAUUACACGAGAUUGAUGUUCGAAGAAUUCAUGGCGAAGCCUCGUGGUUCGAUACCGUGGGACAUGCCGGACACGAAAUUCUUCGUGAACACGGAGGGCUGCGGUUACCCACCGAGAGUGAACUGUUCCGAUUUUGCCAAGAAAUACGGAUAUUCCAACAUGGGGAAGAUAUUCCCCUGCUAUUACAGCAGGACAAACCCAGAGACUGUCGUCGCAAGGUAUUCUUGGGAUGAAAACCUGAGGCAUCUAGUGCUAGCCUUGGUGGUUCCUACAGUACUUUUCGGAGUGUCCCUCGGCGUGUUGUGUUAUUGGUACUGUCCACCAAUGGGCAAAAAUUGCGGAGGACCAGGUCGUAACUUGAUUGACAAGUACGCGAGGAAGGAAGACAUCCUGGGAGAGGAUGAGUUCGAGGAGGACGAGGAGGAAUACUGACUGCUACCAAGGGCUCACCCCCCAGCGCGGGAGUGACGCCGAAGCAAUUACUGAAAAAUCGUCGUGGAGCGUGCUUCACGUUGAAAUGUCAAAGCGAUCGUUCGAAAGCAAUAGCAGCGUCAAGGAAAAUUCGCAGCAACGAACAGAGAAUGCAAUUCGUUCUACGUAACUUGCGUCAGCUCCUGUCUGACCCUGUUUACACUUCUACUACUUCCGAUCGAUCUUAGCCUAUCGCGAUGCAACUGCACUUGCGCCUAAUCGAUUGCUUUACAAUUAAAGAAAAUUGGGUACACCUAAUGCUAACAUUUGGCUCCUUUAAAUCUAUCUAUCUAUCUCGGAUCGUUCUCUCGAUUCUCUUAAACAUGAUUCUAAUCAAAUUAUUUCCCCCAUCCUAUGAACUUGCAAUAAAUCAAAAUUAACGUUAUAUACGCC